AUGCUGCUACCACUAAAUGAUCCAAUUGAAGAUGAUGAAGAUGCUUGGUCUUAUUCAUUUCCUUCUACUAAUGGAUCAUUAGGAUCUUCAAAUGAUAACAAUAGUGACAAUAAACAACCUGAAUCUACGCGAAAACCUCCUAAUGGAAACAUCAGAUCAAAUAAGAAUGGCCAUACAAUCACAAGAUCAAAUAAUAAUAAUGGAUUAGCAAUCGAACCACUUUUAACAAGAGACGACAAUAAUUCAACAAAUGAUAAACCCACAGAAGUAGAUCCAAUAAAAGUAGUUUGCCAAGAAUCAGGUCCUUUGAAAUCUUCAAUAUCUUUACAAUCUGCAUUAGCUAAAUCAGCACCCUUAGAUCCUUUGAUGACAAAAGAAGAUGCCAAUUCAAUAAUAUCCAAAGAAGGAACAGAUAGCAAUAUAGGAUCUAACACUUCACCUACUGCACCUCAACGAUUCCUAAAUUCUAUGAAAGAAUUAAAAGAGUAUGAAAACAGCAUUAUAGAAAAACAACAACAAGAACCACCCUCACCAAAAGACCCCCCAUUAACCAAGGUUGCAUCCCCAAAAAUAAUAACCUACAGGAAAUCAAAACGAACAGUCAGCGAUACAUCAGGAAUAUUUACCAGCACAGCAACAUCGUCCAUGUUUUCUCCAUCUUCGGCAACCCCUCCUCCCCCGCCACCCCCAAGUUCAAAAUACGACACUCGUCUAUAUGUUGACGAAAUUUAUAAGGAUACGACAUAUCACUUUGCAACCAUGAAUCGUAAUGUCGAUUUUCAUCAAAUAUUCCCUUCGGUAGAUUUAACCGAUCGAUUAUUGGAUGAUUUUGCUUGUGCAUUAAGUCGAGAAAUAUUAUUACAAGGAAGAAUUUACUUGACUGAGAAUUAUAUUUGUUUUAAUUCGAAUUUAUUGGGGUGGGUUACGUCAUUGGUUAUAACUAUGGAUGAAAUCAUCCGGAUUGAGAAGAGAUCGACGGCGGGGUUGUUUCCGAAUGGAAUUGGGAUUGUGACGAGGGAUGCAAAACAUAUUUUUGCCAGUUUUAUAUCAAGAGAUGCCACUUUUGAGAUGAUGGUGGCGGUGUGGAAGGGUUCAACUGGAAGAGAAAAGUUUGAAGAAGAUAGACCCGACGAAGGAGAUGGAAAGAGUAAUGAUGGGAAAGAAAAUGGUGAACGACGGAUUAGUGAUGGUCUGGCUGUAAGCGAGACAGCUCAAGCUGAUUUAAAUUCAAGUAAAAUUGAAUCCUAUAUAAUGACUAUUGACGGCGAUGACGAAGCCGAACGACAUACAAGUGAAGAAGGAAGUAAUGAUGAAAGCGAAUAUGAAGAUGAUGACGAAGAUUACGAUGACGACGAUAAUGACGAACAACAAGAAGACAUAGAAGAACUUACAAAAAUACAAACUCCCCCUUUGAAAAAGCAAAAGGUUACCACAACAACAACAGCUGCCACCAGAAUCCUAAAACUCAAACCGGAAUCCCUUUACAAAAACAAAGGACCCGAUGUACAUUCCCCCACCAAAGCCCGAGUUGAAAAAAACCCAGCUGAAGUUGAACUCGCAGAUGAAAUAAUCGACGCACCUAUGGGUGUCGUAUUUGCAAUCCUAUUCGGCCCCAAUCCAAAAUUCCAACUCACCUUCCUUGAAUCUCAUGACGGAUCAGAAAUAUCCCCAUAUGGAGAAUUCUCCCCCACCGAAGAAGAUCCAACCAUAUUACAACGCACCUUCACCUACAGACGUGCGCUCGGAUUCCCCAUUGGACCAAAAUCAACUCGAUGUAACGUGACUGGAACCAUCGAACAUUUGAAUCUAUCAGAUUAUGCCGUAGUUGUGAGCACGACAAAUACUCCCGAUGUGCCCCUGGGAGGAUCAUUUUCAGUUAAGACGAGAUAUGUCUUCAGUUGGACUACUGAGAAUAAGACAAAUUUGGUGAUUUCCCAUUUGGUGGAUUGGAAUAGUCGAUCAUGGAUGAAGAAUGUGAUUGAAAAACUGAGUUUGUCAGGUCUGAGUGCGAUUACUAAGGAGAUGAUGGAGGAGUUGAAGAAGGAGAUUAAGGAGAAUACAUACUAUAUCGAUGGACCUCCUGUUGCGGCCGAGGCAGGAGAAGUGGCUGUGGUGGCAACUAAAGAGAAGGCUGCUAAGAAGGUGAAGGCUGCUAAGAUAAGUAAAGCCAAACCUGAAGUCGCUGUCGUGUCGGGUGCUAAUCAACUUAUUAGGAAUAAUAUUGUCAUUGUGUGUUAUUUGUUAUUAUCAUUCUUGGUUCUACUUUUGAUCCUACAAUUGAGAUUAUUUAGAGUUGUGAAUGAGACGAAUGAAAUAUCUAAAGGACAAUUAAUCUGGUUGAAUGCUCAAUUAACAUAUGCUAUUUUGCGAUUACAAGGGGAUAAUCAAUUAGUUACGAAAUUUGAGGAAGUACAGAAAGAUAACAAAUUAUGGAAAUGGACCAAUAAAGAAUUUGGAAAAGAAUUAUCACCGGUUGAGAAGUUUGAAUUUUUGACAUCGCAAUUACAGGGUAUUUAUCAAGAGAAUAACGAGAAGAAUUUGAAGAAUCUGAAGACAAACAAGAAGAAGGAACUGCCGCUCGAUCAAUUGGGUGACUUUCUCGAUCUGGUAAUCAAUAAUCAGGACCUCGAUAGUGUUCGCAGGUUUAUUAAAGAGUUAUUGUAA